AUCAAUCAGUCAAUCUUUCAGGCAGUAACCGAUAUAGAUGCAGCGUGGUGAGUACGAUAAUGUGGGCAGGAUGAGCGGCGGGCGGCGGGGCGGCUCGCGCACUCCCGCCGGGCCGGAGACAACAUGGCAGGGUUCUACGAUGAUCAGUUUUCCCGGAACAGCUAUCGAGGUGGUAGCGGUGGGGGUGGCGGUGGCAGUGGGCGGUACAAUGAUAGUGGACGGGGAUAUGGCGGUGGCCAGCGACCUCGCAAACCACUGCCAACUGAGCCGCCCUACACUGCUUAUGUAGGCAACCUUCCCUACGGCAUUGUGCAAGGCGAUAUUGACCAGAUCUUCAAGGAACAGAGGGUGCGUUCAGUUCGGCUCGUCCAUGACAAUGAAACUGGCAAGUUCAAGGGCUUCUGCUACGUGGAGUUUGAAGAUGUGCAGAGCCUGGAAGAUGCACUCGCCUUUGACAACGCUGUAUUUGUCGACAAAAACAUUAGAGUUGACAUAGCAGAUUCAAGGCGAGGUGACAGGGGCGGAGGCUUUGACAGAGGCCGUGGCCGAGGCAGAGGUGGCCCUGGCGGCAGCAGAGAUAUGAAUGACUUCAGAGGCAGAAGAGACGGCCCUGAUGACUUUGGCGGAAGAUUCAGGAGAGAUGAAGGAGGCCGGGGAGGCCGAGGCAGCUUCGAUGGUGGUCGUGGAGGUCCACCGGCUCCUGGGGGUCCAGGGGGGCCCAGGUAUGGUGGCAGCUUUGACGAGCGACCAGGUGGGGAUCGAGGAGGCUAUGCGCCCCGGGGCCGCGGAGCCAUGGGAGGAGCUGCUGGCCCCGGCCCCGGCCGCGGCGAUGGUUUCCCGAGACGUGACCGCCGGGACAGCGAUCGCUCCCGCAGCUUUGACGAGUUCAAGGAGCCAGAUCCAGGUGAGCAGCCUGAGACAGAGGAGCUGUCGCAGAGGCCUCGGCUGAAGUUGCUCCCCAGAACAAAGAAGGAUCCUGUCAACCAAAUAGCAGAGACCUCACAGACCAGCAGUAUAUUUGGCGGAGCAAAGCCUCGGGAAGAAAACAUUAAGCCAGAAGACAAGUAGUGCAUUGGUGAAAAGUAGCCAUUUCCAUCUGUAACAGAUGUUGAGGAUAUGCAAUGUUGGACCUGCAUAUUUUGGUUGAAGCUUUUGACUCCUGCACUCAGCUGUUUUCUGAGGGAUUGUUUCCUCAGAGGCGCCUCACUCAGCACUGCAUCUGUAGGACUGAACGGGCUAGUAACUCUCCCCAAUUACUACUCUUAAGAGCAAUGGUUUUGGUUGAUGAACAGUGGUGUUCAAUGUGCAUAUAUUAUUUACUUGAAAUUGGAAAAGUGUUUACGUACUCGCUUAAAAAUGCAGUGUUAAACUUGCUAAGGUUGUUAACAUGAAUAAGGAUAUACUACUACUACUACUACUACUUCUGCUGUGUGGGUUUGUGUAUUGUGACAACCUGGCCAGUGUGAGUUCAACUUCCUGUGAAAGUGUUGAUGAAAUGCAAAAGAGUUUCCAUGCCUUUAAUUUCUACAUACAUGGUUCCCAGUACAGAGACUGGCCCCCCCAGGGGCACCACCCCUUCCCCCUGAUAUUUCAGGAUGGAAUGAGUGAAAUUAACUUUUAACCGUAUUUAACACUUCUCACCUAGUGUAAGUAAGCUCCUUAACUGGCUGCCAGUGGGACCCCAGUGCCGGUGUGAUAUAGAUCCUUGGUAGCUGCUGCAGAGCUUGCAUAUAAAAUCCCGCCAACUUUUAACCCCUCUGUACACCAGACGUACUGCAGGCCACAGUGGCUCAGGCCCCAUUGGUUGGCUGUGGACUGUGUGUGUCUCGCCCUCUAGAUCACCGUAGCUGAUGAAGCUCCGCGGUGGCCUGUUGUACCUGUAAAUUAAGCAUAACUUUACUGUAAUAAACCACACAUUCGGGCAUUCUUGGCUCCCGCCGAGACAUUCCUCUGUUUUAACAAAUAUAGUUGAUGCUCCUAGUUGUUGACUUAGAUCUGUUUUACUUUUGAAGCAGCGGCAAGUGUCGGCAGUGUUGCACUCUAGCCCCCUUGCCCCAGAGGAACGGACUCCGGCUCCUCGGCACCGUCAGAUAAAGUUGCAUGUGCCAGACUCACUUGCCAGAUUCACAGUUCCCUUGUGGGACAUUUUUUAAGACAAAAAUCUUUGCUGAAAUGACAAACAUUUGUUUUUUGCAUUAUUACAGAGUUGAUUCUGCGUCGCUUUUUUUGUAUUCUAUUUUUAUUGAAUAAUGACACCACUACUUCUUGGCUAUUUCUGUGUCCUGCAAAUUAAAUGGAUACCAUUUAGACUAUUAAUUAUCAUUAGUGCAUUUGUCUUGAUUGUACAGAUCACAAUAAUCUUAAGUACUUUCUACAUAGCUUGCCACAGUAAUUCUAGAUGGUUCAAAUUCACUGUAUAAACAAGUAAAGGAAUGAAUUUUACACUGAUGACUAGAUUAAAUUGUUAGUGAUUUUCGUAUAUUGUGAAAAUGAAUGUAGUUUUUUUUUUAUUUAUGAUCUGUGAUUAAUCAAUCAGGAAAUGUAAAGAAUAAUGGGGAAGAUGUCAUAUUUGGUGUACAGACUUGAAAUGUUCAUACCAUUGCUAUUCUUGAAAUUAUAAUAAAGAUGUUUGUCAAAAUGAUGCAUGUGGAUUAUGCAAAAAAUUAUACUACUGCUUAUGCUAAGGGUGUGGAAAUUAAAAUAAAAGGGAUUAAUAGAA